ACACCCGUUGACGUUCCCUUCGUUGUCGUUCUCGUCCUCGCCGUCGUCUCAGCGGCGAGGUGGGUGUCGUGAUUCCUCCUCCUUAGAACGCGGACAACCGCGGCGACUCCGAGGGAUGACAACCAUGGGGUCCUUCCAUGCCGUCUCCGGGGGCUUCGUUCUCCUCGUGGCCACGGUCGUCCUACUGCCCGCCACGCAUCACACACCGUUUGCAUACGCCGCAACUGCCGGCGGCAGUAUGCUGGGCGACGUGAACAUCUCUGCGAUACUGGAUUCCUUCUCCGUCAGUUACGAUAAAAGAGUAAGGCCGAACUACGGAGGUCCGCCCGUGGAGGUCGGCGUCACCAUGUAUGUCCUCAGCAUCAGCUCCGUGUCCGAGGUGUUGAUGGACUUCACGUUGGAUUUUUACUUCCGACAAUUCUGGACGGACCCACGACUCGCGUUCAAGCCGCGACCAGGCGUCGAGACGCUCAGCGUCGGUUCAGAAUUCAUCAAGAACAUUUGGGUACCCGACACCUUCUUUGUCAACGAGAAGCAGUCGUACUUUCACAUCGCUACCACCAGCAACGAGUUCAUUCGCAUACACCACUCGGGAAGCAUCACGCGUAGCAUACGCUUAACGAUUACAGCAUCGUGUCCUAUGAACUUGCAAUAUUUCCCGAUGGACCGGCAAUUGUGUCAUAUCGAGAUCGAGAGCUUUGGAUACACAAUGCGCGAUAUUCGGUACAAAUGGAACUCCGGCCUACAGUCGGUCGGCAUCUCGAACGAGGUGGAACUACCGCAGUUUCGCGUGCUCGGUCACAGGCAACGACAGACAACCAUACACCUAUCUACAGUCGGAUACACGAUGAGGGACAUCCGGUACAAGUGGAACGAGGGCCCGAACAGCGUCGGGGUCAGCAACGAGGUCUCCCUGCCUCAGUUCAAGGUCCUCGGUCAUCGUCAACGUGCCAUGGAGAUUAGUCUUACCACCGGGAAUUACUCGCGGCUGGCCUGCGAGAUCCAGUUCGUACGGUCGAUGGGCUACUACCUGAUCCAGAUCUACAUACCCUCAGGGCUGAUUGUCAUAAUAUCGUGGGUGAGCUUUUGGCUAAACCGAAACGCGACCCCCGCUCGGGUGGCCCUCGGAGUAACCACUGUGCUCACUAUGACGACCCUAAUGUCCUCGACGAACGCGGCGCUACCAAAGAUCUCCUACGUCAAGUCCAUCGACGUCUAUCUGGGCACCUGCUUCGUCAUGGUCUUUGCCUCGUUGCUCGAGUACGCCACGGUGGGCUACAUGGCGAAGAGGAUUCAGAUGCGGAAGAAUCGGUUCCAAAAAAUAGCCGAGAGCAUGAAGGCGGCGAGCGAAAAUCCAGGACCGCCGCGCGUGCCCGGCGAUCAUGGCGAUCAUGCGCCUAAGCAAACUGAGGUGCGGUUCAAGGUGCACGACCCAAAGGCACACAGCAAAGGUGGGACGCUCGAGAACACCAUAAAUGGUCGCGCCGAUGAGGAAUCGGCGGGCGCGCCGCAACAUAUUAUUCAUCCUAGCAAGGACAUCACCAAGCUCUACGGCAUAACGCCGUCGGACAUCGACAAAUACUCCCGCAUCGUAUUCCCAGUAUGUUUCGUUUGCUUCAAUCUGAUGUACUGGAUCAUUUACCUCCACAUCAGCGACGUGGUCGCGGAUGACCUCGUGUUGCUCGAGGAGGCCAAGUAAACGACGACGUCGCAGUGCUCCGAAUCGAGAAGGAAGAAGGGCAAAAGAGUGCACAGAAACGAGCAUUCUUAUGGAACGAGGACCGUUUCGCAAAGGAGGAAGCGAAAAUGGUUCGAGGAAGAUAAAUCGAGACGCGCUCGGUGACUACUUCGGGACGGGAGUAGUAAAAGCGAGUAGAGAGUAAAAGCGACCGACAUCCGAGACAGCCGUACUAGCUCGCAGACCAGAGAGGUGCUUUCAAAAUAUGCGCUUAGGUCCAUCUCGAGAGCGCGGUAACCACUUCUCUACUGGAAGUAGUAGCGAACAAAUACGGGCAGCCGCGCGGUUGCCUAGGCGCGGAGUAGGACUACUUCGCGAUCACCGGCAGGUAGAAACGGAUAAACGACUCAUCGCUCCGGCAUGGCUUACCAAACGCCCGCUCCCACUACUUGCGCGGCGUCGUGGCUACCGCAAUUUCUACCGGGCAACAUGCUCUCGUUCGUCAAUCAGCGAUCGGGCACGCGUAAGCCUCGGCUAUCGUCGUUGUCCACGAGGCGUCUUCGUUAAAGACUCAAUAUGUAUACAUAAAAAAAAAUAUAUAUAUAGGUCGCGCGAUACAUAGAAAUAUAUAUAUAUAUAUCGCGACGCAAACGGAAACGGCAAGCAGGAGCUCAAUCGCGAAGGCGAAUCCACGAGCAUACAUACCAUAAAACAUUGCCAGUGUGCGUGCGUGCGUGUGUGUGUGUGUGUGUGUGUGUGUGUGUGUGCGUGCGUGU